AGACACUACCGGGGACGUCACACACACACACAUACAAGCGUCCAGGAAGCUAAAAAAGAAUCUUUGAUCUCUGUUACUAACGACAAAUAUGAGGAUCGCCGUGAUUCAAUUGUUCGUCCUAUUCGUGAUCUACUUGGCUACCUGCGAUGCUGCCGUGCCGCAGAUUCUCAAGUCGCAAUCGCUGAUCCCUUUCCCGCGGGUCGGUCGCUCCCGCUCCGCGUUCAUCGCCAACGCCAUCGGCAGUAGCGCAAGAGGAACAAUGCUAAACCUUGGCAGCAACAACAACAACAAGCCUAGCAACUGGAUGAAUAACGUGGAUCUCACAGUCAAGCGGCAUCUGAUACCUUUCCCGCGGGUCGGUAAACGCCAGUCGCUCAUCCCGUUCCCUCGUGUCGGACGCUCCCGUUAUUUCGGCCAGUAUCCCAGCCGUGACGACGAGGCAAUGCAGCAACAACUGGCCAUGUCCGACGAGGAUUUUCAAGCACCUGCCCUGAUAUUAUCCAAUGACAUUUUAGGUGGAGUUAAUAAUAGACGAGUCCAUCCCGAUGAACAGGCCGUGUUCAUUCCACGUCCAUGGAUGACCAGUCAAGAGUCGGAUGAAUAAAUUAUCCACAAAUAUCUGGCAUAUUCGAAGAAAAAAUCGAAUCCAUUUGCCCUGCUGAUCUCGAUGUUAUCUAUAAUCUAUUCCUAUUUAAGUUUAACGACGCGCAUUAAAAACAAAAAACACACAAAAAAAGCAAUUAUCUGCGUCCAUUUGAAUAGCCUCAAUAAGAGGAUGGAGUUAGAUUUUAAUGAUUUAAACAACAAAAACAAUCAAAAUUUUGACCUACGCUAACCAAAUGAUUUAAUUCUAAAGAAAAGACGCAUAUUUAUUUAAUAAUUAUCAAACAUUCCUGUUGACGUAACGACUUUUUUCGCUGUAAAGAUAUUUCAUUUUGAGGCGGGGUUUUUAUUUUAAAACGAGCAAGGUAAAAGAAAACAAUUGAAUUCUAAUGAAUGUAUGGGGUAAGGACAGUUGUGUCUAGUCAAUACUAAUCAGAAGAUGGAUCUCAUUAAUACGUGUGCUUCAUUGGCAUCUGCAUUGUACGAAAUGUCGAGCUUGGAAAAUGUAAUACAAAAUCGAAAUUCUCAAACGACGAGCAAAAAA